CCUACUCUCGAUAUUAUCCUCUCCCGGCUACCUAAUCCUGCGCAUUCCGAAUUUAACGGCAUUACUAAGCUGCUCUAUACGUUUAUCCUCGAACACGUGCUUACUACUAAGGGCAAGGAAGAAUACAGACGUACUCUCCGUCGGUUCGUCUACCCGCCUAGCUAG